UUUAUAGUGCAAAUUGUUACUCUUUCAGACGCCUGCUUCUGCCAUGCCGCGCUCGUUUCUUGUUAAGACCAAACGGACGCUUCCUUUUAGCCCACCUAGGGACAACUUCAGACAGCAGGCUGAAACACACGCUGUGCAGUCUAGGAUUGGGAAUCCUGAAGAUGCUCCACAACCUUUAUGCCCUGGGAUGAGAGACCUUUUGAAUGAUCCCUGCUCACAAAUAGAUGGAUUGGCAGAAAGCUCUUACAGCGACCCAAAGGACAAGCUCUGGCUUUCAGCCCCUGGGGAGAAAGGAGACUGCCCUCAACCGAUCUCUCAAUGGUCAUCAGACCAACAACAAUCUGACAGAGAGAAAGAACUGGAGAGGCUUGUCUUCUUGUUGCUCAACCACACAUCGCACACUGACCUCAAAUCACCCACCAGGAAUUGUCCACUCUGUGAGAAGUCUCUUUCAGAUGUCCUAAUGUCAAGCAGUCACCCGCAGGAUCGAGUGAACAACAACCACUCUAUUCCUUUGACAAGAUCGCUCACUACUACAGACAUGUCCCAUGUGCCCUUUGGUUUCCAAGCAGUUGGCAGCUACAGCAGAGCAAAGGAGCGGAACUUUGGCUGCAAAGUGUGUGGGAAGGUCUUCAAGCGCUCGUCUACAUUGUCCACUCAUCUCCUCAUCCACUCUGACACGAGGCCAUACCCCUGCCAGUAUUGCGGCAAAAGGUUUCACCAGAAGUCUGAUAUGAAAAAACACACCUUCAUACACACAGGUGAGAAACCACACGUGUGCAAGGUGUGCGGUAAAGGAUUCAGCCAGAGCUCCAACCUCAUCACCCACAGCCGAAAGCACAGCAGCUACCGGCCUUUCAGCUGCUCCCGUUGUCAGCACACUUUCCAGCGCCGGGUGGACCUACAGCGCCACCAAGAGACACAGUGUGUCUAUGGAGAAGUUUAUACCCAGAACUGAGCACAUCAAGUAACAAGGGCACAAUUACAUGGGCAAUAGUGGAACUGUUUGUAAAUAACCUUGAAAAUCUUUGUAUAAUAUUUAAAAGAAUGUGCAGUAUGUAUAUCUGUUUAUACCAAUAAAGAUUAACUUGA